AUGAAGAACAGCGCGGAGCUCAUCGCGGAGCACCAGAAGAUCACGGGCGGCAAGAUUCGGUGUCGCUUCCCUCCGGAGCCGAACGGCUAUCUGCACAUCGGCCACGCGAAGAGCAUGUAUCUGAACUUCAAGGGCGCGUUCGAGCGCGUGGGGAAGCCGGGCGAGACGAUUCUGCGGUUCGACGACACGAACCCGGAAACGGAGAAACUGGAGUUCAUCGACAACAUCAUGGAGGACGUGAAGUGGCUGGGAUGGACGCCCUCGCAAGUCACGUUCGGCUCGGAUUAUUUCGAUAAGCUUUACGAGUACGCCGUGCAGCUGAUCAAGAUGGGAAAGGCCUACGUCGACCACCAGACCCCCGAGGAGAUCAAGCGAUCGCGCGAGAUCGCGCAGGAGUGCUCGCGCGAAGGCGGACGGAAAGAUCUGAACCCGGAGAGUCCGUGGCGCAACCGAUCGGUGGAGGAGAAUCUGCGACUCUUCGAGGACAUGCGCAAGGGCAAGUUCGCGGAGGGCGAAGCGACGCUGCGAAUGAAGAUCGACAUGCGGAGCCCGAACCCCUGCAUGUGGGACCCCGUCGCGUACCGAAUCAAGCACGUUCCGCACCCCCACGUGGGCGAUAAGUGGUGCAUCUACCCGUCCUACGACUUCCAGCACUGCCUCGUCGACUCGCUGGAGCACAUCGACUACUCGCUCUGCACGCUCGAGUUCGAGACUCGGCGCGAGUCCUACUACUGGCUCGUCGACCAGCUGAAUCUCUGGCGCGCCUACGUGUGGGAGUUCGGCCGCUUGAACCUCACCAACACGGUGAUGUCCAAGCGGAAGCUGAAGGAAUUGGUGGCCGAUGGCGUGGUUCGCGGCUGGGACGAUCCGCGCAUGCCCACCAUCAAGGGGCUGCGUCGCCGCGGCUUCACGCCUGACGCGAUCAACAACUUCUGCGCCGACAUCUCGGUCACGCGCGCCACGCAAACCACCAUCGAUUGGAGUCGGCUGGAGCAUUUUGCGCGCGAGAGUCUGGCCUCCGUCGCGCCGCGCGCCUUCGCGGUGCUGCGCCCCGUGCGUCUCGUUCUCCUCAACAAGGACGCGGGUUUCUUCACCACGCUGCAGGCCCCGCUGUUCCCGAAGGACCCCAGCAAGGGCUCGCGCUCGCUGCCCUAUCAGCGCGUGCUGUUCGUCGAUCGCGACGACGUGAAGACGGCGGACGAGCCCAAGUUCCUGGGCUUCGCCCCCGGAAAAGUGGUGAGUCUGAAGUACGCGGACGUGGUGCGAUGCGAGGAAGUGCGGUGUAGCGAGCAGAACGGGGAUGUGGAGGAGGUGCGGUGCAAUGUCCUAUCGAAGGAGGAGGCGCAGAGAGAAGUGGAGAAGAUGGAGAGAAAGCUGGGGAGCGUUCAUUGGCUGGCCGGGGAGAAACUGGGGGCGAAGCCGCGGGAAGGAGAAGUGCGGCUGUAUGAAAGACUGUUUUCGGUGAAGAACCCGGGAGCAGGGAAGGAUUGGAGAAAGGAAAUCAAUAAAAAUAGUGAGGUGAUCGUGAAGAAUGCAAUGCUGGAAGCUGUGUUGUUCGAUAAGAAAAUGGAGGAUCAUGUGCAGUUCGAACGGCUUGGCUAUUUCUCGGUGGAUAAGGAUUCAACGAAGGACCACAUCGUGUGGAAUCGGACGUGUGCUUUAAAGUAG